AAUUCAGUCUGCCACAUGGAGGUUAUCAUAAAACCAAUUAUCAAGGAGCUAUCGUAAAGUGAAGAUUGGAUGAUUUUAUUGUUUAUUCAAAACAAAUCACAGAAAAACUAAAAUAAAGAGAACUUAUAUGAGAUUGGAAAUGCAUUUCUGAAAUGAAGCACACUUUUCAUCGCGAAAGGCUUGAUUAAAACCCAGUUUGUUUAUGUUUAUGAGCACUGAAAGCGACGUGUCCGAGCACCUAAACGUCUCAUUGUCGUCAUCUUGUUCCCGGAUGUCAAAUUGUUAGAGUAAACCAGAAACACGCUGGAGUGAGGAUGCUUUGACUCUCAGGCUGUGAACAGAGCAGCUACACAGCAACAAUGACUGGUUGAAAUUCUUGGCAUUUCUGAUCAAAUUAGUGAGCUGAGUUUCAGCCUGCACGAUGCUCGGAGAGCUGUACCCCUUCGUGGAGGGCAGUUUCUGCCGCUUCCCGUCGCAGAGCAACAUUUACGGGCUGUGCCAGGCCGGGGAGCAGGAGCUGUUGGCGGCCACUCUCAAAGGGAAGGUGUCGUGUUUCAGGUACCAGGAGCUACAGCAGAAAGUCCGACCCGUGGCCAAGGAGGUUCACUUCACCUAUAUACCAGUUGAUGCAGAGAUUGUAUCAAUUGAUGCCUUCAACAAGUCUCCUCCCAAGAGAGGCCUGGUGGUGGGCAUCACAUUCAUAAAGGACUCUGGUGACAAAGCCACUCCAUUCCUGAAUAUCUACUGUGACUAUGAGCCUGGCUCAGAGUUCAACCUGGAUUCUAUUGCACAAAGCUGUCUAAAUCUGGAGCUGCAGUUCACACCCUUCCAGCUGUACCACACAGAAGUGGAGUGUGACGAUGGGAGCAGUGAGACGGUGUUUCUGCUCAGUGGCCACGACCAGAGGAUCCACCUGUACAAGGAGAACGCCUCUCUGCACCAGUUUGAGGAGCAGCCAGUGGAGAGACUCUUUCCUGAACUACAACAACUGCCCAGCAAUGUGCUGUGGGUGGAUAUGCUGAGCAUAGCUGGCGGCCAGCGACUCUCAGCGUUCGGCUGUCAGAAUGGCUGCGUUGGACUGGCUCUGGUAAAGCAGACGGGGCCAGAAGUUCUGCAGAGCUGGCGGGUCCAAUUGGACAGUCCGAUAUCCACAGUGCUGCUCUUCCCUCUGGGCUGCCAGACUGAUCUGAGCCAGUCCAACGGGGACAAAAGUGUGGAAAUGGAAGGCUACAAUCUUCUGGUGACCAGUACCAUUGAGAUGGCAGUUGUCUACCGAGAUGUCCAGGAGUGUGGUUUCUCUCGCUCCGUGUGCCUCUCAGAGAGCGACCACUGGGACGCAGUGCUUUGUGCUCUAGUCAUUGACCUGGAUUUUGACAGACAGAAGGAGGUGCUCUUGGGAACAUAUGGACAGGAACUUCUGUGUUACAAAUUCCAGCCGGCAGGGAGCGGAGCAGAUGGGCAGUUUCAGCUGCAGUGGAGGCGGAGCUUCAAGAGUCCUUUGCUGUCCAUCAUCUACUUAGACUUGACCGGGGACGGUUUGAGAGAGCUGGCUGUCCUCACACUGAAGGGACUGCAUAUCCUACAGCAUAGUCUUACCAGCACGGCUGAUUUGGUCCUGGAGCGGCUUGCCCAGAGGGUGUUGGCACUGACAGCUGGCUCUGAGCCGGAGUCGGCCAAAGUUCAAGACACCGAGGAGAAAGAUGCUCCAACUAAGAAAGAAGAGUGUCCAGCUCAGACACCACCAAAUUAAGCAGAACUGUGCAUGUUGUGUACAUGUGAAAGUCCCAGUGGGUCAGAGAGAUGAGCUUGCCUUCUUUAAAGGUGCUGUGGUUUCUCAGGGGUGUGUGUUACUGAAGAGUUAAAUUUAGUUGGGAUGACAGGCACUAGUUAGAAAAUCAAACAUCCAGUUCACCAUUCCAAACAGUAGCAGUCUGCUUUGCACAUACAUGUAGGCAAUAGCAAGAUAACUGUUGGAAAUCUGUUUCAAAUAAAACCAAAUGAGCGCAGUUCAUUGGAAUUGUGUAAUGAUGUUUUCCACUGUGAGAGGAUGAGCUAUAGAUAGAUGGUGUACAGUAAUGUGCUGAUAUUAAAUGGCACAUUUGGGUCUCUAGACCUUUUUGAGUGUUCAUCUCCUGUGCUCUUCCACUAUUAAUUAAAUGUUUUAACAAGCCAACACAGACACCACUGGAGAGGGGGUAUGUGUGCAGACUUCCUUGUUAUCCCAUCUCUGAGACUAGUGCACAUAGUUUUGGGUAGUGACACCUCUCAUUAGAAAACUCCAGAAUAAAGUGGAGCUGGAUCAGGAU